GGUGCAGCGCCGACGACGAUGACGUACCCGACGCAGACGUUCGUGACCCAGCCGCAGGCAUGCACGCAGGUGCCCGUGGUGCCCGUGAUGAUGCAGCAGCAGCAGCAGCCGCUUCGCUCUUCUUCCCCCGUGCGCAUCACCUGCCCGUACUGUCACGACGAGGUGACCACCAAGACGAAAAGGCGCGCCGGUGCCUACGCCUGGUCCGCCGUGGGCAUCAUAUUUCUGACCGGCUGGUUUUUUAUUCUGCCGUGGCUCUUCUGCUGGAUCCCGCUGUGCAUCCCCUCCUUCCAAGAUGUUCACCACAAGUGUCCCAAUUGCAAGGCGCACCUCUACACCCACUCGCCCAUGUGAUCGCGGCGGCCGCCUUCACGUGAGCCCACGGAUUGAAGUCGGCCGAGCGUGGGGAGGAAGGGGAGCCUUCUCCACCGUCCCCCCUCCUCCCCCACCCCUACAACCGCUCCGUGCUUAAUUUGUGUUUUUGAUGAUUUACCUUCGAAAAAAGAUCUGGCCAUGUCUCGCACACCCAGAGAGGGCAUCCACAGGGGUGUGCGACACCCCAGCUUAAGAACCACUGGAUUACAUUUCUUGUUUUAUUUAAAUUUAUGAAUGAUGUACUGACUGGUGAGCACUUUAAAUUUCGUUGUACUGGUGACAAUGACAAUAAAGGAUCUAUCUAGCUGACCAUCUAUCUGGAUUGUGUUCACUGCACUCACAAGA